CUUUCCAUUUCCCCCACAGUGAUCCAGACAAGUCACACGCUAUUGGACAAACCGGCUGAAGAGAGCGUUCUCGCACGAUUGCUGCCUCAUGACUUGAAUCCAGCAGACGAGGGCCAAAUUACCUCCUGCGAUUUUGAAUCUCCGUGUUCCUGGAGCCUGUCCAAUCAGAGCUCCAGAGGUGACUGGUAUGUGACGACGCCAUGGGAACAGCGCUCGCUGAGACAGGGCUCACCUCCAAUCACAGAUCACUCGUCUGGAACAGCAGAGGGGCACUACCUGCUUCUGCGACCGGAUUUGGCUUCCCGGGCGUCCUCGGGAUGUGAGUUUUCCAUCACCAGUCCAAUUCUGCCAUACAGCGCCCCGCUGUGCCAGCUUCACCUGGCAAGCUUCCUCUCGGAGCCCCGUGCAGGAAACCUGUCCGUCUCCAUUACGCAGCUCCGCUCCGGGUUCACCCUCAGCUCCCUGCUUCUCAGCGGUGGCAAACAAAACGGCCUGAGGUCACAGUGGGAGGAGUUGCAGGCUCUGAUUGGUCAGCUGAAUGAACCAUUCCAGGUCGCAGUGCACUACUCCGUCUGUGGCAGUGAGGGAAGCGGGACGCUGGCCAUUGAUUCGCUGGAACUGAGGGACUGUGAUUUUGGUCCUCAUGAAUUGGAAAUGGCCACCGACUGUGACUCAGACCUCGUCUUUCACUGUGACUACGGAGAGUGCAUAGACAGAAGCAGGGUUUGUGACUUCCACACAGACUGCCCCCUUGGACAGGAUGAGGGGUUUACCUGUGAUAAUCUUCCCCUGGGAUCUCACUGCUCGUUUGACUAUGGUCCGUGUGGAUGGUCAGUUUCGAAAAAACAGUCUCACUGGAAACUGGUCAGUGGGGAACAACUGGAUGAGCACAGAGACCUCCUAGGAAACACUCUGCAGCGUACUCAAGGACAUUUCAUCUUCCUAAAGGUCAGAAGCCACAGCCACAACCGAGAGGCAUCCGUCCAGAGCCCUGCUCUCCCUUCGACAGUGUCCGAUCAAGACUGUCAUUUGCGUUUCUCUUUGUACCUGUAUGGGGACUUUAAUGGCACAGUGCUGCUGUCGGUGGAGGAAGACGGUACUGCGGCCUCUCGUCUGGUGUGGGAGAGAGCUGGCCAAUGGAAGGACAGCUGGCAGGACGUCAGUCUACAGAUAACAGACAUCUUAAAUUGGUUCCAUCUGAAGGUGAAAGCCAUUUGGGGGGCAGGCUCUAAUGCUGACAUAGCAGUGGAUGAAAUUACCUUGAGUGCUGCGUGCUUUGAAACAGACCUCAACUUACUUCACCUUGGACACAAACUGCUCCAUGAGAUGGACUCUCUCGAUGACCUGGACAUGUCUAGCCCUUUGCCCCAGCCCUCUGCCUCUGGUAUUGAGCUGUGGUGGUUCACAUCGUGUGGGGCCAGUGGACCAAGGGGUCCCACUCAGGCCCAGUGUGACAGUGCCUACCGGAACAGUAACGUGAGUGUUAUUGUGGGCAAGGAGGGGCCUCUGAAGGGGGUUCAGAUGUGGAGAGUUCCUGCUACCAGCAGAUACAAGAUAUCUGCCUAUGGAGCAGCAGGAGGUAAAGGAGCAAAGAACCACAAUACGCGUUCCUAUGGAAUCAUUAUCUCCGCUAUCUUUCCUCUGGAGAAAGGCGAAAUCAUUUACAUUUUGAUUGGACAACAGGGAGAGGAUGCCUGUCCAGGGAAGAAUCCCCUGACUGAAAAGAUCUGCCUGGGUGAAUCGUCCGUAAUUGAGGAUGCAUUUGUGGCCGACGGUUCGGUGCUGGAGUGGGCCGGAGGCGGGGGCGGCGGAGGUGGUGCCACCUACAUCUUUCGGAUGGAGAACGGGGUUCCCGUACCGCUGUUGAUAGCCGCUGGCGGGGGAGGGAAGGCCUACCUGGAGGAUCCCGAAAGGAGCCUGGAUCAAGCUCCUGUGGAUCAGUACGAGAAUAACAUCACGGCUUCCUGCGUCAACGGCAGAACCGGAGCUGCAGGUGGUGGAGGUGGAUGGGAAGACACUACCAAACUGCUCUGGGCAGGGAAGUCUCUGGUGGAGGGGGCUGAAGGGGGCGCUCCCUGCCCCCAGGCACUGUCCAAGCUUGGUUGGGUGACAUACGGAGGAUUUGGGGGUGGAGGAGGGGCCUGUUCUGCAGGAGGAGGUGGAGGUGGAUACAGAGGGGGAGAUGCAUUUCUCUCCGAUGACAUCGCUGUGGAUGGACAGGACGGUGUUUCAUUCAUUCAUCCCAGCGGAGAGAUGUUCAUUCAGCCCUUGGCAGCUAUGGAGAGUCACGGGGAAGCAGAGAUUGAGGUGUAUCUGAACUGCAGUCUCUGUCAGACCCAGAGAUGCAGACGGGACGGAGACACCAGGCUUGUCAUCUGCCAGUGUAACGACGGGGAGGUGCUGGCCCCGGAUAACAUCACCUGUAUAGUUGAAGUCCACCGCUCCGUGGCUGAAGGCCCGCCCUCCCUGACCCUGAUCCUGGCCGUGGUGGCAUCCACCAUCGUGACGGGCAUCGUGCUGACGUGCGCCAGCCUCACCCUCAUGUACUACCGUAAGAAGAACCAUUUGCACGCCGUGCGCGUGCGCCUGCAGAGCCCGGAGUAUAAGCUGAGUAAAAUCCGCUCUUCCACCAUAAUGACCGACUACAACCCCAACUACUGCUUCGCCGGCAAGGCCGCCUCCCUCAGCGAGUUAAAAGAAGUGCCACGCAAGAACAUCACGCUGCUUAGGGCGCUUGGUCACGGGGCUUUUGGUGAAGUGUACGAGGGACAGGUUCUGGGAAUGAAUGGGGAUAACACAGCCAUGCAGGUGGCUAUAAAGACCCUUCCAGAAAUCUGUUCCGAACAGGAUGAGAUGGAUUUCCUUAUGGAAGCACUGAUUAUGAGUAAGUUCAACCAUCAGAACAUCGUGCGCUGUAUCGGGGUGAGUCUACAAGUUCUUCCACGCUUCAUCUUACUGGAACUGAUGACCGGUGGAGAUCUGAAGAGCUUUCUCAGACAGAACCGACCUAGAAAUAGUCAGCCUUCCUCUCUUACCAUGCUGGACUUACUCCAUAUGGCCAGAGACAUUGCGCUGGGUUGCCGUUACUUAGAGGAGAACCACUUCAUUCACAGAGAUAUUGCUGCUCGUAACUGUCUGCUAACCUGUCCAGGACCAGACAGAGUUGCCAAAAUCGGUGACUUCGGAAUGGCCCGUGACAUAUACAGAGCAAGCUACUACAGAAAGGGAGGCCGCGCCAUGCUUCCGGUGAAGUGGAUGCCUCCAGAGGCCUUUCUAGAGGGCAUCUUUACCUGCAAGACCGACACAUGGUCAUUUGGGGUGUUGCUCUGGGAGAUCUUCUCUCUGGGCUACAUGCCCUAUCCAUGCAAGACCAAUCAGGAGGUGCUGGAAUUUGUGACAAGUGGCGGCAGGAUGGAUCCUCCCAAGAGCUGCCCAGGGCCUGUUUAUCGGAUCAUGACCCAGUGUUGGCAGCACUGCCCCGAGCACCGACCCAACUUUUCCACGAUUCUGGAGAGAAUCAGCUACUGCACUCAGGAUCCUGAUGUUAUUAACACAACCCUCCCUGUGGAAUACGGACCGUCGGUCGAAGAGGAAGGAGGUACCGUAAUCAGGCCGGAGGUAUCCGACAGCAUGUCACCUCUUCUGGUGGCUCACUCUGUGUCCCAAGAUGCAUUGCCCCAGCCAUGUACCACUGCCCUGCCCUUCCAAGCCCACAAGCCCCGCCUACUGCUUCAGAGACAACCUCAUCCACCCGUGGAGGUGGCCACUUACCGUGAGGUGCUGGAACCGUCCUGGGCCGAACCGAUACCACCGGCAGGGCCUUGCUCCGGAUCCUGGCUCCAGGUCCCUGUUCCAGACCACCGACCUUGCUCUAGAAGCAGUUCCUGCUCAGGCAGCCAGAAGCUCAAGAACAAGACCAAGAACCUGUGGAACCCAACCUACGGUUCCUGGGUUCUGGAAAGCUUCAGCCGGGGGAAGAAAGCCCUGUCGCACACCCAGUCCAUGCCUCUGUCCGGCACUUGCACUUCAAUCUCCACCUCUCUGCCUACCUCAGAGCGCAACGAUUCCGCGACGGAAAACAACACAACCCAUCUCGCCUCAGGCGUCUGUGCUUCACCCACCCAGGGUGCCGCACAGGGUUUCUGCAAGGGUCUGACCGGGGCUGCGGGUGGGCCACUCACUGCCGUCAUGGACCUGGCUAAACUUCAGAGCUUCCCCUGCGGCAACGUGAACUACGCCUACGACGAGCAGAGCUACGAGACCGAGAGUCUCCCCUUGGUGGUGGCCCGACCCCCAGAGUCCGGCGUCAGCUCCGUCUCCAGCUCCUCGGUGUCCGCGCUGGGGGUUGCCGCGGCGACCGGCCACAAACCGCCGGUGAGGCGCCACGCCAGCUACGGGCACGAGGACGUUAAACUGCACGCCAAACCGGAAAAACCCACGAGAGACAGGGAUUCUGGCUUCUCGCUGUCCGAAGACCUCAGCGUUACCCCUGUGUAG